CUGCGGCCGCCGCAGCCGCUGCGCCCCGCGGUGAGCAGGCUCCGCCGCCCCGGCCUGGCCCGGCCCCGCCCGGGCGAUGAGAAGCUGCUUCUGCGUGAGACGGAGCCGAGACUCGCCGCCGCCUUCGCAACCGCCGCCGCCGCCUCAGCGGGGAACAGACCAGUCCAUCAUGCCUGAAGUCAAAGACCUCUCAGAAGCAUUGCCUGAAAUGCCAAUGGAUCCCAUUACAGGAGUUGGAGUGGUUGCUUCGAGGAACCGGGCACCCACAGGCUAUGAUGUAGUUGCACAGACAGCAGAUGGUGUGGACGCUGACCUCUGGAAAGACGGCUUAUUUAAAUCCAAGGUUACCAGAUACCUGUGUUUCACAAGAUCAUUUUCUAAAGAAAAUAGCCAUUUAGGGAAUGUGCUGGUGGAUAUGAAGCUCAUCGACAUAAAAGACACGCUCCCUGUAGGCUUCAUCCCAAUUCAGGAGACUGUGGACACACAGGAAGUUGCUUUCAGAAAGAAGAGGCUGUGCAUUAAAUUUAUCCCUCGGGAUUCAACCGAGGCAGCAAUCUGUGACAUCAGAAUCAUGGGCCGUACAAAGCAGGCACCUCCUCAAUAUACCUUUAUAGGGGAACUGAACAAUAUGGGAAUCUGGUAUCGAAUGGGCAGAGUCCCGAGAAAUCAUGAGUCACCUCAACCCACAACUCCUUCCCCAUCGUCAGCUUCAACGCCGGCCCCUAACCUUCCAAGGCAUAUCUCCUUAACACUUCCUGCUACCUUCCGAGGCAGGAACAGCACGCGAACUGACUAUGAGUACCAGCACUCAAAUUUGUAUGCCAUAUCAGCUAUGGAUGGAGUGCCUUUUAUGAUUUCAGAGAAGUUUUCUUGUGUUCCAGAGAGUAUGCAGCCCAUUGAUCUCUUGGGGAUCACCAUCAAAUCUCUGGCAGAAAUAGAAAAAGAGUAUGACUACAGCUUCCGGACGGAGCAGAGUGCCGCCGCCAGACUGCCACCCAGUCCCACUAGAUGUCAGCAGAUACCGCAGUCCUGAGGACCAGGAGGGAAGGAGGGGCAGGAGCCAGUGGAGAAGAGCUGCCCAGCACACACACACACACACACACACACACACACACACAGCACACACCCGUAUACUACUGAAAGGGGAAGGCAGCCCCAUCCCAAAGCUGAGGAGUGUUCCUGGAGACAUUUCUCCAAACCCUUCCAUGGAUCUCGGAGAACCCUUCUUUAAAAAGAAAAAAAGAAAAAAAUCCACCCUUCCUUCUUCACACACUUUAACAUUGAGGGGGGUGGGUGGGGUGAGGCACAAUUGUUUGUACACAAUAGUUUCUGAAAUUUUAAGUUGUAAAAUUAUUUUUCAUCUGCUUAUCUAACGCCUCCCUACCCCUAUCCUGAAGUCAUCCUGGGAAUUUUUUUUUCUUUAAUCAUUUGCCAUAGUGAUCAAUGGCCCCUUAAAAAGAAAAAAAAAGAAAAGAAAGAAAAGGAGGGGGGGGAAUCUGUGUAAUACAACAUAACCUGCCCCUGGGAAGUCCUUCUGGAGUCUAGAAGUCACAUGGUUAAACUGGUCACACACUGAAGGUAUCCCUCGACUGGUGGCUGGCAACUAUGGUAUUGACUAAUGUUGACUCUGGAAUAUUCCAUCAAGUGCGCUUAACCUAAGAGCGUACCACUAAGAAAUGUAACUGUCUUCAGUUGACUUUUUCAGGGGGUUGGUUUAGCCUGCAUCAGCACCUCUGGUGCUUGCUGGCCCAUCAUCCCAGGUCCUUUGGUGACACGGCCUCCAGUGGCCUGUUGGGAAAAAUCACCUUUGGCUAUAAUCAGGAUCAAGCUCAAGGAAGCAUCUCUUUCCACCAGAGUGAAACUAAGGUGCUGGACUGGAUAACUUUGGGAACAUGCAUCCAGAACUGAUCUCUGAGGUGUCCCAUUGGACAAUUCUCUGGAAACCCCAGAUUCCUAGACUGGACUUGUUCAUUUCUUGGGAAAGGACAACUUCCACCCCCAAGCAAAGGUGGAUGAUAUUCUAGAGAUACAUGGAGCCACUUGCCCAUUUCUUGCCCACCCCAUUUGUAGUACCUCACUGGCCAUAUAGGAGCCUUUGUCCACUCUCAACUCACCUGGUUGGAUGCUGAAAUGGAACGAGGAAAAUAUCCCAUUUCCCUCCCAUCCCUUCAGCCAAGCACCUUCCUGGAGGCCUCUUACCCGGAGUGUACACCCCUGCCUGCCCCCCCCCAGGAAGUGGGGCCUCCGCAUGGGGAUUCUCAGUGUCUCGCUUGCUUCUUAAUGUGACAAGUCAUUUCGAACAGUCCAUUUGACCUGUGCUGCUUUUCUAAGUCACGGCCACAUCACAAAACUCUGGCCGUGAACUAGAACUUCCCACUAAAUAGGUUUUGAAUGAAAGUUUGGGCUUUUUUUGUAUAGUCCUAGUGGUCCCAUCCUAUUGAAGAUGUGUUUGCCCUAAUAACCGGUGUUGCCGUAGCUCCUGGCUUGCUCUGAUGCACAAACUUGUUUUUGCACAGCUAUGUCUGUAUUUGUUUGCUGUGGAGUGUUGUGGUUUUUUGUUUGUUUUUUCCCCCAGCUCGCCAGAGUGUGAAUUUUUUAGAACUUGGGUGUCACCACAUACUGGAGCUUUUGGAGGAGGGUGUUUGGUGGUACCCUGGAGGAAGAUAGAAAUAGGUCAGGUGUGUCAUGUGUAACAUAGCAUGGUGGGUUGGAAAGAGGAUGAGAUUGUGUCAGGAGAACCCAUCUCCGUGGUUCCUUAAGCAAGGCACUUCCCCUUCCUGGGCCUAGGGCUCCCCAUCCGCUAAAUUAUGGGGUACAUUAGAUCCCUCAAUUCCCUUCCAGCUUUAAUCUCAUCAUCCGGGCAAAUGUCCCUUAGCAUUUUGUAGACAAAAAGCUACGGGAAGAAUAGAACAACUUUGACCAAAGCACAUACAUUAACAUCAGCAUCAAAACCCAGACCUGAGUUGGAGGAUGAAAUUAACUCAGUUUUAUCCCAUGGGGUUUGGGUAUGAUGGCUCGGGUAUGACAGGGCAAAAUUGAACAACACUAUUAAGACCUGUGCCAGCUGUAAGAUAUGGCUCAGGUAGCUGGUGCUUUAGAAAAUACCUCACGUGCAUACAGGCAGUGCAUAAACUCUCCUGCAACCACCAAGGCAAAUCCAGGGAGACUUGUCCUCUCCCUCUCCCCAGUCUUCCUUUCCACACACUUUCAUGUUGCCCACUUUAGUUUUAAAUUUGGCCUAAGAUUCACUCCUUCCAUCCAUAAUGUGAAGGAGGGGUUAGACUAGAUAACUUAAGGUUCCAUUCAGCCCUAACGGUGAAGGAUAGGAAGCUUGAGGCCCAGAGAGGGAAAGGAAAUUGCCUGAGGUCACACUAGGUAGCAGAGAGAGAAUUCAAACUUAGGCCCUCUUGUUCCAAAUCCAGUGUAAUUUCUACCAUGCUAUCCUUCCUUUCACUGCACCAUGAAGGUAGUUUCUUGUAUUCAUUGUAAUCUGUUUGCUCUUGUUUAAAAAAAAAAAAGGAAAGAAAAAAUGGAAAGAGGCCAUAUUAACCUUCUGGGAUCUUAUCACUCCUGCGUGGUAGUUGGAUUGAUGGAUCAUGAGACAGCCCUCCCCACUCAACCCCUCCAGCCAGUUCUAUGGAGGUUGAAGAUCAACCUAAUGUCUCAUUUUUUGGUUUAUCCCCAACUCAGAAUCAGCCAGAUAUUAGGAAACCUAACAGACGAUAACCAAGAACCAGAGAAGUCAGUAAAACCUGGAUAUCACUCUGGUCAAGCCUGUUGAGUUUCAUUUUCAUCAUAAGACUUUUUUGCUGCCUCUCUGGGUCUGAGCGUCAGCCUUUAUUUCUUCCCUCCUUUCUCUAAGUCCGUGACUCGUCUCAGGACUAGCCUGGACUUGUCUCUCAGUUUGUCAUCUUUACCUUCCAAGUUCUCUUUUUCCAAGCAAAACUUCUCAGCAUCUGUUGAUCUAGACUCCUAGACUCCUAGAUUUUUGGUACUAGAAGGGACUGCAGAGUGACUCGGCUAGCGCAGCCCCCACAGAACCUCAGAUCUCAGAGGGCCUGCAGAGCUCCAGUAGUCCAGGCCGCUUUCUGAGGAAGGAAUCCCUUCUAUAACGUCCAUAACAAGCAAAGGGGUCGUGUAACUUCUUCGAGACCUCUAUUUGAAAACCUUGCUAUUUCCCUUAGAGCAGGCAAGUGGUUACUCCUCUUCACCUUCAUAGAAAACGGACACCCCUCAGAGAGCUCUCAGCCUUCCCAAGACCUGUCAUGUUGAAUACUUAAAGAAAGGUGCAGCUCAAAGGGCUGGAAAAACUCCAAGUGCCGGAUCCACUUUUUUAUCUAAUGGGACCCAUAGCCUCCUACAGGAGAUUCCUGCUGGUCUCUAGUCACAGUGUUUUUGGAGGAACGACUGGCCAUGAGAGAACAGAAGGGCUGUGCCAUAGUUUAUUCAGGAUGAAGGGAGUAAAAUGAGGUAAUUGUUUCUGGGGGAAACAAGAGUUUCCUCUGUAGGCAACAGAGUCAAUUCAGUUCAAAAAACAUUUUCUCGGUGCCUGGGCCGUACAGUGCACUGUCCUGGGCAUUAGGGAUGCAAAGGGGGGAAAAUUGUCCCCUCAGGGCACUUAAAUUUUCAUUGAAGGGCUGCUUGACUGGGAGUCAGGAGAUUUGAGUUCAAGUCAGAAUUCUGUCCCAUACGUGAAUGUAGGCAAGUUGCUUCCUCUCUAUGGUCUGAAGUUUCCCAAUCAGUAAAAUAUGGAGGGUUAGACUAUCUAAUCUUUAAAGUCUCUGAAUUCCAUGAUUCUGCAGACUUAAGAGAAUUCGUGAGUAUGGCCUUUUUUUUAAAGCAAAAGCUUCCCCUUUGGAAGAAGUCACUUCAGCCACACUGAUGGACCCUGGAUCGGUUUUGCAUGUGAUGGUACGGCGUCCCUCAGGAUCAUGGAGACUGAGGCUCAAGGUAGAACCCUGGGCAUAGGCAUUUAUCCCCUGGGAAAGGUGAGCAUGGUGUAGUAAAAGGAAUACAAUGUUUGGAGGCAAGAGGACCUAGGUUCAAAUCCUGUCUCCUUAUUAGCUGUGUGACCUUGGACAAAUAAGUCACUUCCCCUGACUGGGCCCCAGUUUCAUCUUCCACAAAAUGAUGGGGGUUGGACUAGAUAAUUUCAAAUUGCUUCCAGGUCUAAAUUCUCUUAGGCUUUUCUUAUGGUUCACUGUUCUUAGGCCAUCAAACCUCUCACCUCAGAAAAGCUAUUAAAGAUCAAGGACCACCUGGCCACUGAACAUACCUUCAGAUAAGCUCCCUUCCUGACUUUCCUCAGGCCAGACAACAGCCUCAAGGGUUUCCAGGUGACAUGUUAGCUAAUGUUUUCAGUAUUUAGUAUGGAGCUGGAGAGUUCAAGAUGGUGAACUUGAGUUAACCUGUACGUUAACAGUAGUGAUGUUAUUGAGACUAACAAUAAGGAAUUAGCUUCUGUAGCACAUUGACUGUGAAAUUUGUUUAAAAAAAAAAAGCCAGGUUAGGAUAAUUGUGUGAUGCCCAUAGGCAGGACGCAUUGGCGUGGGCAUGUUUUAGAGUGUGUUCGUGUGUGUAUGUGUGAUAAGGCUGUUUAAACUAUUCCUGUCUUCUCUUUCCCCACUUAGAGUAGGAGAGAGGGUCAGGAGGGCAGAUGAGCCCAUGUUCAGCAGGACAUUGUGAGUGUUGAAAUACCCAUUGUAAUGUCACCAAGUUUCCCUGUACAGAGUAAGUAUAGACUUCUUACCUGGACGGCUGAAUUUGUGGUGAAGAUGAUGAUGUCGGGGUCUGGAAGAGAGACACUUGCAAGUCAGAAGAUUUCUCCUGCUUGCAUAGUAUCAUAAGAUUUAUAACUAGAAGUGAACUCGGAGAUCAUCUUGUUCAACUCCCAUCAUUGUGAGGUGAUUGCCGUGGCCAAAAAAUGUUCACUAGGAAACAACCUUUUGGUGACCACCUUCCUCCUCUUAUCCUUAAGGUUGGCUCUUUGAACAAUGGACCCAUCUAGAUCUUUCCAGAGCUGCUGCUUCUCUAGCGUAGCCUUGUCCAGUGUCUGCCCCACAGUGAGGCACCUCACAGUUGGCAUGAGAGUGGAGAAUUGGAAACUUUUGUGAAGAUGUGAAGGGUCCCUUACCUUUGGUCUCUCUAGGCUCUAUAGGUACUCAUUUACAUUCCUUUCCCAGUCUCCCACCUCAUGCCACCAUUCAUCAUCCCAUGGUACAACCCAAGCUACAUGCUCCUCUACUACAUUAUGACUGUCUUUCAGCUACUUCCUUCCUCCUCUUUUGCAUUAACUUCUGCAGAAGAGUCAGUCUUUCCAUUAAGCCUACACAGAUGAGAAUUGUGCUGCUUUGCCCCCACCCUCUAGCUCAGUUGUAGAUUAUCCCUAAAACCAAAAUUUGCCUCCCAUUGUAAGAAUCGGGAUGGUAUACAGUGGAAAGAACACUGGACCUGGAGUUGGAAGCCCUUAGUUUUUCUGACUCUGUUGCUAACUCCCUGGGUGACCUUGGCAAGUCAAUUCUCUUUGAUCCUCAGUUCCUUCACCAGUAAGAUGAGACAAGUUGUGGAGUGGAAAAGGGAGCAAGGUGUAGAGUCAGGAGAUUUGGGUUUGGAUCCUGGCUCUGCUGCUGCUGUGUAGCAUGGACAGGUUCCUUCCCCUUAGGGGAAGGGGGCAGGAGGGGCUCAGUUUCUUUCUCUGUAAAGUAAAAGAGUUGGGUUAGAUUCCUUCCAACACCAUCAUUCUAUGACCAGAUGAUCUCUCCAGUCCCUUCCAGUGUUUGUAUCCUAUGCUUGUGAGAUGAGAUGGAUGGACGAACUCACUUUCACAAAAUGGCCACCCUAGGCUUUAGAUAGCUAACCCUGCUGCUAGCUUUCCACCUCAGUAUAUGAUUCCUGGAGAACAUCAGACUCAAGGCCCUCAAAGAUGACUCCAAAUGGGAGCAGUGAGCACAUCAAACCACAGUUGCUACCACCGGGCCAUUGCAGAGGAUCCAUUGGCCUUUUAGGGCAGAUCUCCCUGAAAGCUUGAGAAGUGUUCCUUGAUUCUGGUGACUUGAAAAGACAACCGUGGAAUGACAAAUUAACCCUGUUCCGCUUCUUACUCUCUGUCUUAUGUGCGGAGAGAAGAACAUCUAAGUGGAAGAUUGCCUCAUCUCACAUCACCAUGAAGAAAGAAGCCCUUGAAGAAUUAGCCAGUCAGGGUCAAGAUGCUGCACAUUUGUUGGGCUAUUAGAAUCGAACUAACUGUGCAUUGAUCUCAUUAUGUUAUUACCUUUUGUAUUUAUUUUAGGUGACUCCUAUAUUUUAUAAAGGGAAGUUUCACUGUGUGAUUAUUAAUCUGUAUUCUUAAUAUAAUUUGUUAAAUAAAAGUUUGUUUUAACCACUUCUCA